AUGGCUGAUCCAAGGUUCAAUGUUCCUUUUCAUGAGUCAUCAUUUGACGCUCCACCUUCCCCAAACUUUUUCGAUUUCGAUUUGUCCAAUACUUCACUGCCCCAAUUACAACAAACUCAUCAACAUGAUGGAUUUCAACAGGGUGGUAGUAAUAAUGAUGAUGAUCAUCAUAACUAUUCUGAAUUUGAUCCAAUGAUUCAAGAUCACACUGUUCACAAUAGUAGUUUCCACUAUGGUGGAGGAGGAGGGAACUUUGAAGCGGGUGGUUCAUCAUCACAAAUGCAUGGGGUUGGGGUUCAAAGUCAACAUGCAAAUGAGAAUUUAGGAGGGGGUUCACAGAUUCCUAACAAUCAAGUGCUCACACUUGAGUAUUGGCCCGUGCCACCAGCCCCAUUUUUUUGUAGUUGCUGUCAUGUUCUUAGAGAAAUUGUUCAUACUAAUGGUAUUAAGUUCGAAAAGCUUGAGAUUCACGGAAGGCUCGGGAUUAUUAGCCAUGUAAUUCACCAUAAGAAUAUCAGCAGGGGUUCUUCAAGCAACCCUCAAUAUGAAAUGAUUGAUUUUUCCCAGAGAAACAUUGAAGAAGUGAAGCAAUUCCUAAUCCAGUAUUGUAUGGGGCAAAGUUCAGCAGGCUACUUUAUUAUGCAAGAUCCGAUGUCUGUCUAUUAUGAUGCCCUCUGCACUGGACUGGAUUGGACGGAAGAUAUAAAUGAUGACUUUGUUGAUUUGAAUCCAACAGCAUCAAUUGCUGAUGACACGGAACAAGAAGCUGACAAUGAAAGGGCUGCUAAAUUACCCAUAUCAGCACAGAGGGAGAGAGCCGCAAAGAUGCAAUUGAGUGAUUUAAGCGAUUACUUUCAUCUACCUAUUGAUGAAGCAGCAAGGAAAGUGAAUUUAUCUGCCACUGUUGUGAAGAAAAUUUGCCGUAAGGCAGGAUUAGCACGAUGGCCUCACAGAAAGGUCAAAAGCGUUUGGAAGCAAAUCACAAUACUCAGAAGAACAAUAUUAGAAUCAGAAGAUGAAGAGUCAAGGGAAAACACUCAAGCGGAAAUUAACAGACUUGAACUAGAUAUGAUCCAGCAUUGUGGUGGAAUUGCACCAACUGCAUUAAAUCUUGAAAACUUGGACAUAUAG